AUGGAAAUUGUGCCUCAGAGUAUGUUACAACCUUCGCGCCCACAACCUCCGUACAUUGAUCAUCGUUUCUCAGGACCUCUUAUCGGCAGCGGGUCAUGCAGAAUAUCAAACACGUCAGUCCGUGGUCUUGCCAGUAGUAUUGCUGGUGGUAGUAAUCUCAGAAUCUCUAGUGGAGGUAGUCUCAGAGCCUCUAGUGGAGGUAGUCUCAGAGCCUCUAGUGGAGGUAGUCUCAGAGCCUCUAGUGGAGGUGGUUUCAGAGCCUCUAGUGGAGGUGGUUUCAGAAGUGGUUUUGGUCCUGCCACAGGUUUUGCAGCGCAACAAAUCACAGCUGUAACAGCCAACCAGAGCCUACUGACCCCUCUGGAACUUACGAUCGACCCAAACAUCCAGACUGUCCGUACACAGGAGAAAGAGCAGAUGAAGACUCUCAACAACCGCUUUGCUUUGUUAAUUGACAAGGUUCGCCUUCUGGAGCAGCAGAACAAAAUGCUGGAGACUAAGUGGAGCCUGACGCAGGAGCAGACUGCCCGCCCCUCCAACAUUGAAGCCAUGUUCGAGGCUUACCUCAUGAACCUGCGCAGACAUGUGGACGGGCUCGGCAGGGAGAAAAUAAAGCUGGAUGGAGAGCUGCAGAACAUGCAGGGACAGGUGGAAGACUUCAAGACAAAGUAUGAAGAUGAAAUCGACAAGCGUGCCGCUGAGGAGAAUGACUUUGUGCUCCUGAAGAAGGAUAUGGAUGCCGCCUACACGAACAAGAUUAAGCUUGAAGCCAAGGCUGAUUCCCUCCAGGAUGAGAUUAACUUCCUCAGAGCUGUUUAUGAUGUA